GUCAAGUAUUCGUACAAGCUGAAAUUCUCGAGCUUCAACCAUAAGUUACCGCCCAACAAGAAAAAAACCCAAAAAUCCUUGGUUGUAUAAACAUACAAAAACACCAAUGAAAAGUAUAAACAUAUAAGAACAUACAAGUAAGCAUAGAUUGUAAAACUACCCACAUAAAACAAUUUUAGGUGCAUGUCAAGACAAACAUAAGUAAAGACCUAAUGAACACUAACUUGGCCAUAUAUUUUAAAGACCUUUUUAAGAAUCAAAUACCAUAUGAAAAACGGCUUUAUAAUUACACAAACAAGAAGCCUAUCUAUAUAAAUACAUCUACACAUCAAAUUGCUUUAAGAAAACCGGUGAAGCUAACUAAGGAGUUCAUUUGCCUCUUCCGAUCAUCCUCUCUUCUACUUAGUUUGUUCUCAUCUCCAUCUCGAGGUAAUUUUUCCCCCAUCUCUUAAGUAUAUAUCAUGAUAGACUAAUACGCAAGGAUUGUAAUAUCGUAUUGUUAAUCAAAUUGCAUUUUCUGGAUUACAUGUUAUUUUUAAGGGUGGUAAUCGUAGUGUGUAAUAAGGGGGUUGUCUUCGGUUCAGGAGGGUACAUCGUUAUGGAAAGAAACCACUAACCGAAUUUCCAUGAAAUUUAUGAAAGAUUGAUGAUAGAUAGACAUGGAUGAUUGCAUUUGGAGAUGAUUAGGGCAAUUUCUGUAUUUUCAAUUUUCAUGUGAUGUGUAGAGAAUGGCAAACGGCAGUGGGAGCCAGAAGACGAUAAGGAAAGCCAUUGGGGCUCUGAAAGAUACAACCAAGGUUGGAUUGGUGAAAGUAAAUAGUGAAUACAAGGGAAUUGAUGUUGCGAUUGUGAAAGCGACGAGCCACGACGUCGUACUACCAAAGGAGAAACACAUUAGGACAAUUUUUGGUGCUCUUUCUGCAACUAGCCCUCGUGCCGAUGUCACACGCUGCAUUCAUCGCCUCAUCAAGCGCCUCUCCAAAACACAUAACUGGACGGUUGCGUUGAAGACGCUGCUAAUUAUUCAUCGAGCAAUUAGGGAAACUGAUUACAACUUCCCAGAGGAGCUGAUCAGUUACAGCCGAGGGAGCAAUUUGAUGCUCAACUUGUCUCACUUCCGAGAUGUCUCCACCCCAGAAGCUUGGGAUUACUCUGCUUGGAUCCGAUGUUAUGCCCUGUACCUCGAAGAGCGACUCGAAUGCUAUCGAGUUAUGAAGUACGACAUCAACAGAGAUCAACUGGGAACCAAAAUGCUUGACACCCCUGGCUUGCUUGAGCAACUGCCUGCCAUGCAGCAAUUACUAUUUCGCCUUCUUGCUUGCAAGCCAGAAGGAGCAGCUUCGCGCAAUAGCUUGAUUCACUAUUGUCUUUCGAUAAUUGCCCGUGAGAGCAGUAGCUUGUACAUUGGCAUCAGCAAUGGAAUUCUCAACUUGGUUGACAGGUUCUUUGAGAUGCGACAUUCUAAUGCCACUAAAGCACUUGAGAUUUACAAGAGGGCUUCAAUUCAGGCGGAAAAAUUAUCGGAUUUCUUCCAAAUAUGUAGAGCUUAUGAUUUUGGUCACGAAUUGAGGCUUACGAAAAUCGAGCAGGCUCCAAAAUCAUUUGUGACCGCCAUGGAGGAUUAUGUAAAACAGAGUUCACCAAGCUCUUCGUUACAAAAUCGAACGAGAACUGAUGACCGUCAAGGAGUUAGCCCAAAAUCAAUUGUCUCCACUCCAGAAUCGGUUUCCCCUGCUGGAGAUAAUUAUAAGCAAGAAGUUCCUACAAACCUUUUCGACUCAGAGCCUGAUUCCCCAACUCCCCAAAAGCAAGAAGAAAUUGCUGCCAAUAAUCUCAUGGAUGAUCAUUCAGACGACUCGACUCAAGGAGAAUUCAAAUCGGAGAAGCUAGCGGUUAAGAUUGUUCGCUUCGAAUCUUCAUUUUUCGAUAGUCCUCGUGGGAAGACGGAGACCAACAACAAUAACACGAACAACGCGACGUUGUCUCAAGCAACGAGCUGGGAGCUAGCUCUAGUUACAGCAUUCAGUUCCGAUGAAACCGAUACUAACCCGGUGGCUGUUAGUGACACAUUGGCUGGUGGAUUUGACAAAUUGACACUUGAAAGCUUAUAUGAAGCAAGCCCACCUGAGAAACCAAAUCAAAUCAGUAGUUCCUACAAUGUGGGGUGUGAUCAAAUGGCAUUCAUGAAUCCUUUUGGUGAUUCCAUGAAUCAGGCCUACAACAACAAUGGUAAUGUGCAACUUAAGCCAAUGGGUGGUGGUCAAGGGGAGGCUUUCAACAUGUUUCCACCAUUGCCACAACAAGGUGAAGAGCCAUUGAAGGGUGGUGGGAUUGAUGGUGGCUCAUCAUCAGUUGAUUUCCUUGGGAACCCUUUCCUUGAUUCACUUCAUGCUCCUACUUCUUACCAUGUUGCUCCUUCACAAAGCUCAUUUUCUGCAAUAAUCAGCUCUGGUCAGCGGGUUAAUCUGUCAAAAUCUGCUAUGUUUGUUUCUCCAAACAUACCUAGCAAUAGAGCCCAACAACUGAGUAGUAGAGCUGGAAUCCCCUUAACCGCAGACCUUGGGAAAUAUCUGGGGAUUCAUACGAUUAAUGUCAGAGUUACCAAGGCUAGGUACAAGGAGCUCUGCCUGCGCAUACAGAAAAAGCUUGCUGCUUGGAUAACAAGACAUCUCUCUUUAGCAGCUCGCUUGACUCUGACAAGCGGCGACGGACUCCAAAGAAGAAAAGGAGUCGAGAUGGGGAAGGUCAGCCCCGCUACGUCUCCUGCCGGGAUGGAGAAGAAGCUGUCGGCUGACCCUGGAGAAGAAGCCGCAGCUUCUGUCCAACCGCCCGACUCCGCCGAUCCUUGCCUCACUGGAGAAGAAGCCGUCGCUUCUGUCCAAUCGCCCGACUCUGCCGCCUCUUUCCCCCAAUCAAGCCGUCUAGAUUUCCCCUGUCUCACCAAUCAACAUUGCGGCACAAAGAAAGGAAAGAAAAAUGGGGAUUUCGAGUGGGAUUUGAAUUGGGAAGAUUUAUCAUCCAUUGAGAUAGACGGCGGCCACUGAUUUGGGUUUCCUGCCGCCGAUGGAUUCGAGUUUCCAGUUUACAUAUCUUUGAUGAUGAGUCCGGCUUCCGGAGGCGGAAGGAUGAUAGAGGUUUACAGCAGCAGAGGGAUGACGGGAGAGACUUGUCGAGAUGGGAGAUCGUGAGAGAGUUGAGAAGUGUGAGAUGAGAGAGGGGAGGCUGCAGGCACUGGAACGUGGAAUGCAGAAGAAGAAGAAGAAGAAGAAGAAGAAGAAAGGUCGCUGGGGAAAAAAUUGGUGUUUAAUGAAAACUUUAUUAAAAA